CUUGGCAAGACGCUUACCACGAGCAUGAAUCAUCGCAAGUGAUCGCCCCGUCAUUUAUUGAUGUCCAUCAGCGGGCGAAGCGCCAUGUUCAGCAGACAGGUCAGCGACCUGGCCUCGGCGCUGCCCGACGAGCGGCCCGUCACGGCCGUUUGCGUAGUCGAGUCGAUAUCCGGCUGUCCGCCCGGCUUCACCGCUGUCGCUAGGACGUAUGAUCUGGAUACGGACGCCGACCUCUGGAAGGACGGCUUCUGGCGUCGGGAGACACGCUACCUGUGCCUCUCCAAGCUGGAGAACGCCGGUGUGGCGGGCCACGUGGUCGAGGAUGUGGCGGUGAUCGGCGAGCGGGACAUGCCGCCAGAGAGUCACACCUUCCUGCCGCACACCACCGACACCGGAAACAAAGCCUGGAAGAAGAAACAGCUCGUAUACAAGCUGACGGCAGUAGAAGUGGCGUCUCGCUUCAUCGUCGACGUGAUCGUGCUCGGCCGCCAGAAAGCCAAUCCGGAAGGGUUCUCCCUGGUCGGGGAGCUGAAUGGUCUGCUAGUCUGCUGCAAGUACGGCCAGGCGAUGCCCACCCCGAAGAGAGCGGCGCCGGCGCCACCUCUGCCCUACUCACCGGCUGCCCGUAACGGCCCCAAGGUUCCGGACUCGACGCUGGCGCAGGGGUACGCCGGCAUUGACGGAGUCCCGUUUGUGAUAAACCCCAAGCUGAACAAGUCAAAGGAGCUUAAACACUUCACGUUAACGAACGCCAGCUCCAUGACCGUGGAAGACCUGGAAAAACUGACGGACUACGACUUCCGGACCGAGUACGCCACGCUGCAGCAGGCGACCACCCCCUGACCGGCGUCCGGCGCUGCCGCGUGACGGCCUCACGUGCGCGGACGGGUCCUCGGAGGCUGCGUGUGCUCCCCACUACGGUCACGAAGCCGCGAUGGAUUGGCGUGCUUCGGGGCACGGAACACGCUGUCAUGAUGGCUGGAGGGGCUCUCGGAGUCAGACAUGCCCCGCCAUGUGUUCAGCGACCAGUGCCAGAGGCGAGCACCUGGAGAUGGGUCUUCAUGUGCUUCUUGUGUUCCGGAUCGUAGUCCCAAAACGCAGGCUUGUGUUGUCCUGUGUAUUGUUUCUCGCCUUGCCGCCUCGCGUGAUACGUGCAUGGAUGCAUGGCCGCUGGACGAGAAGUGGGGCGAAUUGGCAUGUUGUUUAUAACAUAGGCUCGCAUCUUUGGCACAGAUGUCGACAUAACACAUAUUCGGGCGCGAUACAGUCAUCCUCACAAAAGCCGUGGUUCAUGACACUUAUCCGCGUGUGAAGCUCUAUCGGUGUUUUAAUGUUGUGUAAAUGCCUCAAUCGUGUAUUUUGUUCAAGAGGUACUAUGGAGGAAUGCCAUCGAUAAUGGAAUUCAAUGGAUCUUAAAGAGUGAUGUAGAAAACCGUCGAAGAUGUGAUUGGAAAAGCAAUCUGUGAAAACAGCACGCCUGUAAAGAGUUAGGAAUGUCCAAAUGACAUAUCGUGCCCCUCAAUAAACUCGCGUGGCGA